CAUAGAGAUGUGGCCUGGCGGACUCCUUAGGCGGGUUGACGGGACGCUCUGCUAGCCCGGCUUAGGGCUUUCUCCUGACGGCACUAAUUCUUCCGUCCUCCGAGAAACUGACUGAGGAGGAGCCGGGAAGGCCCUGAGACAGAGCUUUUAUUGAAUCUGGCACAGGAUCUUUGUGGAACUUUGAGAUUCAGCCAGUCUGGCUGCCAGCGACUUCUGAGUGCCUCCUGUCUGCACUCCAGCACUCACAUUGCAGUCACACACGACCAACCACGCUUGCCUUUUCUUCUUAAGGGGAUCAAAUUUAGAUCUUCAGGCUUAGUUCAUAUAAACCUAAUCACAAAAAUGGCAUCCUGGUUGUAUGAGUGUCUUUGUGAAGCUGAGCUUGCACAGUAUUAUCCUCAUUUUACUGCGCUUGGCCUUCAAAAAAUAGAUGAAUUAGCCAAGGUUACAAUGAAGGACUACUCCAGAUUGGGAGUCCAUGACAUGAACGACCGCAAACGUCUUUUCCAACUCAUCAAAAUCAUUAAGAUUAUGCAGGAGGAUGAUAAAGCCAUCAGUAGCCCAGAGCAUCCUCUUCAAGCAAGAAGCCUGUACAUCAAGCCUCAGGAAUUCAGAUCUGGGCCCCGAAGACAACUGCAUUUUGAUUCUCCUGACAGCAAAGACAAAAUGGCCAGCAAUGAAAUGGGCAGUUUAUCCGACUUCUCUGUAAAUGAGCAGAAGUCCACUUACCUAAAAGUGCCGGAGCACAUGCUACCAGAGGAUUCCCAGUACCAGACCAAAAUAAGAACCCCGGAUGCUGCUGCUGCUGCUGCUGCUGGUGGUGGUGGUGGUGGUGCUGCUGCUGCUGCUGCUGCUGCUGCUUACAUGCAAACAGACAUUAACGCUCCACUCUUUGCAUCAAAUUACUUUUCUUCAAAACUGGGAAAUUGUGAUAUCCCCGUUAUUCAAAGAGUCUCUCAUGUUUCAGGGUAUAACUAUGGACUCCCUCACUCCUGUGUCAGACAGAUCACCUCAGAGAAUCCUUGGACUGAAAUGGAGAAAAUCAGAGUCUGUGUUCGAAAACGGCCUUUAGGUGUGAGGGAAGUACGCCGUGGAGAAGUUAAUAUCAUUACUGUAGAAGAUAAAGAGACUCUGCUUGUACAUGAGAAAAAAGAAGCAGUUGACCUUACACAAUAUAUUCUUCAGCAUGUUUUUUAUUUCGAUGAAGUCUUUGGUGAGGCAUGCAGCAAUCAAGAUGUGUACCUGAAGACCGCUCACCCCCUCAUCCAGCACAUUUUCAGUGGAGGCAAUGCCACUUGCUUUGCAUAUGGACAAACAGGUGCGGGGAAAACCUAUACCAUGAUAGGAACUCAUCAAAACCCAGGAUUGUAUGCUCUGGCUGCCAAAGAUAUCUUCAGGCAGCUGAAAAUAUCCCAGUCAAGAAGGAAUCUGUUUGUGUGGAUCAGCUUCUAUGAGAUCUACUGUGGACAACUUUAUGACCUCCUAAACAGAAGAAAACGGCUCUUUGCAAGAGAAGAUAGCAAGCAUGUGGUGCAGAUAGCUGGCCUUCGAGAGCUCCAAGUGGACAGUGUGGAGCUCCUCCUACAGGUGAUCUUAAAGGGCAGCAAGGAGCGCAGCACGGGGGCCACCAGCGUCAAUGCAGACUCCUCCCGCUCCCAUGCUGUCAUCCAAAUUCAAAUCAAGGAUUCAGCCAAGAGGACAUUUGGCAGGAUCUCUUUCAUUGACUUGGCUGGGAGUGAGAGAGCAGCAGAUGCCAGGGACUCAGACAGACAGACGAAGAUGGAGGGCGCAGAGAUCAACCAGAGUCUUCUGGCUCUGAAAGAAUGUAUCCGAGCGCUGGACCAGGAACACACCCACACGCCUUUCAGGCAGAGCAAACUGACCCAGGUCCUGAAGGACUCUUUCAUUGGCGAUGCCAAAACUUGCAUGAUCGCCAACAUCUCCCCAAGCCACAUAGCCACAGAGCAUACACUGAAUACCUUGCGCUACGCUGACCGGGUGAAGGAGCUGAAGAAGGGCCUGAAGUGCUGUGCUUCAGCUGCCAGUCGGAAUCAGACAUCUGCAAACUCCUCUCCAAAACGAAUUCAGAGCUCCCCUGUCACCCUGCCAGGGGACAAGUGCUCCCCCAAAAAAGUUAAGCUGGGACUUCAGCAGUCACUUACCGUAGCCCCAGGCCCCACAAGAGUUAAGGCUCACCCAUUGGCCAGCCAUGCUCCCAACAUCCCCUUUGCCUCUGGACCAAAGGCCCCUGGUAAAAAGAGUAGCUCCCAAGGGAGUCCCACCCCAGAGUGGGACAUGAAGGGUAGCCCUCAAAGAGGAACCAUGAGAUCUGGCCAUUUGACCAAAAAGGGGGCAGAGUCAGCACCAUUGUGCUCUGAGAAAAGUCAAAUUGGCAGCAAGAUUGCUGUUGGGUGGGAGGGCAGAGCCUCGGGCCCAAGAGAAGGUCUGCUACGUGUCAGGCUGCCUACAAGAGGGAAGAAGGUGCAGCCAGUACAGCCAGUACAGCCAGUGCAGAAGGAGCUGCUGUCCCGAGCUCGGCUCCUUGGUAACAGCCACCACUUAGAAACCACCCAGGAUAGCAAGGUGGGCACACCUGCCGUGCUUGCCCCUGAAGCUUGGACAAACCCUAGUCUGCAGCAGAAGGAAAGGGAGGAACAUUUGCGAUUUUACCAUCAGCAGUUCCAGCAGCCACCUCUCCUCAAGCAGAAGCUAAAGUACCAGCCACUGCAGAGGCUUUUGUGCCAGCACAGACCCUCAGAAGGUCAGCUCCAGAAUGAGACUGUCUUUGCCCUCCAUUCUAAUCCUGAGAACCAUGAUGGAGCCCAGGCGGAGGACCUUGAUGACAGUGAUUUCAGUGAGGAUUCUUUCUCACAUGUCUCCAGUCAGCCAACCAUAAAAAAGAGGAGCACCUUGGAAAGGAGUGAAAGCUCCUUCUUCCUUCAUCAGGACAGGGAGCAUAGCCCUGAGAAACAGGCAGCAGAAAGGCAGCAAUGUCUGCUUUUCAGCUCUGAGGCGGACGGGAGUAAGAAGGGGCCAGCUGACAGCUGGGUGUAUUCCAGGGACCCCAUCAUCAGCCACAGGAAAGGAGCCCUUGAUCAGAGCCACAGCCCAAGUAUGGUAUGCUCAGACUGGAGCAAGGAGGGAGACUCUGCCUCCUCAGGACCUUCUUCUCCUAAGGACAACUGGGCCGAGAAACCUUCUUCACAGGUAGAUUUCGUGCAUCACAGAAAACCAGGUGAAGCUCAAGCCUUUGACAUCAGACUGGAGGCCUUCAGAGACGAGGUCCCUGGACAAGCUGGGCCCGGCCUGGAAAAUGAGCUGUCUUUCCCACUGUCCCACGUGGCUGUUUCUGGAUCCCCAGACCAGAGAGACAGAGUCUCCACACCAUUAAGAGAAGUGGGUGAAAACAGAGUGACUCGGACUCCAGAAACAGUGAACAGCACUACUCCUUUCCAAGAAGACUCUAGAGAGCAGACACAAUUGUGUUCUGCAAACGCUUCUGGACUCAUGGCUCCUCUCUCUAUGUCCCUCCUGGAGACCCCCAGUCAUGAGGACCUUUCUUCCUUGGAGCAAACUGCCCAGGAUAGAGCUGGUUAUGGUUUCAUGGCUGAGAUGGUAGGAGGGCCAGCAGCGGGACACACAGUAUCAUCUUAUGAUCCAGAGGCUGCCUUGCCAGUGUCUUCAGCAACUGAGUGCCUAUGGCUGUCUUCAUCUCCCCCUGACAAUCGGCCUAGUUGUGAUCUUCCAGCUCUGUCCCCGUCACCCAUCCAUCAGCAUUCACCUGACAACUUGCCUAACAGGGAGGCCCGCCAGAACAGAAGGCCAACACUCUUGCCCCAGAAUCAUGUGGAUGGCGAGCCAUAUGAUGACAAUGCUGCAGAGAUUGAACUGGGGGGCUCCUUGACAUUCCCCCGGAAGCCCUCCUCCAACAUACACGCUGGAGUACCCUAUUCUACACCUUUCCUCACCUCACAUACAGGUACUAGUGAUGGAGUUGGCCGUCCCUGGACCCAGGAGAGAAAACAUCCUACAGGGGUUAGCUGGCAAGAGCUUGCUUCCUCCCUAGAUUCCAACAAACUUCAUUACAACGAGGACAUUUCAUGGCUCAGGCGCAAGCCAAUCUCAAGGUGCUUAGAAUCAGACUCUCCUUUGGUCCCCAGCUGUUCUCCCAAGGCCUUGGGGACACUCUGUCCACUUACACCGGAGCAGGCACAGCAGGUGAUCAUCCGUGCACACCAAGAACAGCUGGAUGAGAUGGCUGAGCUGGACUUCAAGGAGGAGACCUUAAUGACCCAGAUGGAUUCUAAUGAUUUUGAAGAAUUUGUGACCCAGCUGGAUGAAAUCAUGGCUUUGAAGUCCAAGUGCAUCCAAAGUCUGAGAAGCCAGCUUCAGCUCUACCUCACCAGCCUCGGUCCAGCUGCAGCCCCCAAGAGAACUGUGGUGUCUUAGAGGCAAACUCAUCCUGGAUGGACAGUGCGUGUUCUCUGGGGCUGGAAGAGGCUCUGCCAGGGCCUUCCUGCCGUGCCCCUAGUGUUACCCUAACCAUACAUGGCCUUGGAUGACCUCACUACUCGGGGACAGACCUCAUCUUAUCUCAGUUCCAACUACAGGGCCAUCUGUAACAAAGUUCCAGGCUGAAAACCUUCAUGUCCCCUUUUGUUUGGGGCUCAGAGUAGUCACUUUGCCCACCUGUAUCUGUAGGAACAUACUUGGUCUAAUAACAUUGUAGAUGUUCCUAAAUUUGAGGGUGGGACAGGGGUGUUUAAUGUUAAUGAUGAGAGGUGAGAGGCUAGGGAGCAAACUGAGCCAGUAGCUUUAUUCUGAUGGUGCCUUUCUGUACUUAAAAGACUACAGCACCAGUACCAGGCAGACAGUCAGGUAAACUCCUUCCCAGCAGAGAGUGGAGAUUAUAAAAUGAACAACUCUUGGUAUCUUUCUUUAGAGCAACUGAGGUCUGAGGUAUGCUUUAUGUUUACGGUUUCCUGCCCUGCAAUCCAGCUUUGAGGGUGCCGACAGAAGCCCAUGGACAGUGGCUAUUAGCCCUCAAAGCCCUUGUGGCAGAUCCUAGCUCCUGUCCAUGACCCAGUGCCUCUGAAUGAUUAGUCAGGCUGGAGGAUCUCAGGCAAAUCCAUUGCCUAGGCCUGAAUCUUCCAGGGCACCCAGGCCAGCAGCACACAAGGGCCUUUGCUAUGGUGUCUUGGGACAGAGUCUACAGUCAGCAGUCUGAACCUUCUGACACAGCAGCAGACACACAACUUUUCAAAUGAGUUCUUGCUGUAUUACUGGGGGCUGGGGUGGGGUGUCAGAUGUUAUCAGGUACCUUAUUUUAGAAACAAGUGUCUCACUGCUGAUCUGCUCAGACUGAUUAGCUAACAAGUCCCAGGGUCCUUCUUGUCUCUCCUUGUUCUCUAUGUAGACCAACUCACAAAGAUCCUCCUGCCUCCCAAGUGCUAGGAUUAAAGAUGUAGCCACCAUUAUACCAAGCUAGUCCCGACUUUCCACAGUUACUAGAGAUCCAACCUCAGUCCUCAUGCUUACACCACAAGCACUUUACUGAAUCACCUUUUUAACAGAGACCCUCCAAGAGUCCAUUAGGUCUCCCUGAGUUAACCUGAGAUUCAUGUGUCACAGCCUAAGCCACAGAAAUUUAAGGAGAACUCUGGUUUUAGGAUGUUACAUCUAAAAAGCCAAGAUAAGCCAGAUGUGGCAUUGUUCAUCUGUAAUCCCAGCAUUUGGGAUGCUGAGGCAGAAUGAGGACUAUAAAUUCAAAGACAACCUGGACUACAUAGUGAAAUAAUGGUAUUAUUAAGCCAAAGGCUAAUUCAAAAGAGCUGAAAAGCUACAGUCUGCCAGCCACAGGCAGUUGCUUGAAUUGACCACCAGGUGGCAGCCUGUUCCUAGGCUGUAUAGCCUCUCACAUUGCUAAGACCCAGAGACCAUUCUCAGACUGCCAAAAGGAUGUGUGUGGAUUCUACUAGAGGUAAAGACUAGAAACUUUAGGGAUGAGCUAUCAGCUGCAGGAGCACCACUGUAACCUUGCCUGUGACUGGUAGUAUUCACAAGCAAAAGGAUUUGUCAACUUUUAAAGGGUACCUGUAUGCCCCUUCUCUACUUUGGCAAGAGAGCACAUACCCUUCUUCCACAGACUGCACUAUAGACCAGGUUUAAAUAACUCUUUGGGUCUCUAUUUGUAAGCCAAAAAACUUAUGGGAGCUUCCAGGUCCCAUAGGCCCUCCGUGAGAAAAGGAUACCAAUCUACCCACUGUUCUGAGUCAAAAUUUGUCCAAAUAAAGAGGUUAAAGCAGCAUGGCA